CCGGUGGGGUGGGCGUGGCUAUGAGCGACGUCGAGCGCAGGAAGGAGCCGUACGUGGUGCGGAUAGAACUGGCCUGAGACGCGUGAGUGCUGACAGCGGCCUGGAGACAGUCUGCACACAGUGGUCUGCUAUAAACGUGACGGGAACAAGGUUGCGUCCUGAUUUUUGCCACCAUGUACUGCCUGCAAUGGCUUCUCCCUGUGCUCCUGAUUCCUAAGCCGCUGAAUCCGGCUCUUUGGUUUAAUCAUUCAAUGUUCAUGGGGUUUUAUCUACUGAGCUUCUUACUUGAGAGAAAACCCUGCACUAUAUGUGCUUUGGUCUUCCUUGGUGCCCUCUUCCUCAUAUGCUACAGCUGCUGGGGCAACUGCUUCUUGUACCACUGUGAUGAUAACCAGCUGCCUGAAUCUGCCCAUGACCCAGCUGUUGUGGGCACAUAGACUGUCAAACCCAUGCUUAGUCCUGUGGAGUACUGCAUUCUGCCACUAUGGGAAUGUCUUGUCCCGCAGAAUGCUGCUUUUCUACCAGAGAACUGUAACUGUGGCAGCCUGCACCGGUGUGAGUCAAGACAGGGACCUCAAGAACUUCAUCUUAAACACUGCUAAGAAGAGGACCCUUCUAUCAAUUGGCUGCAGACAUUGGACUUCUGCUGCUUCCUUCGAGGUCUACUUUUAAGACUUUGGUGUUAACCAGCCAGCAAGGGGUCAUCAUCAGCAAUAGCACCAGCCCCUUUAUUAUUGGGAUGAAUGGUGGGAGGGAGCUUUUAAUUGUCUGUAUUUUGGGUCAUUUGCUUCUCUGCUCGUUUGAUUUUUUUUAUUUUUUUUUUAACCAUGUUUAAUUCUCCUACACGUGAAUAUUUCUUCUCACUACACAGUCCUAUAUGAAGGCAACGGUUCUGUAUUAUUGCUAAGCACAGGUCACUUUUCAGCCCAUAUUUAUAAAGGUGGGCCACAGGAUACCUUGCUGGAGAAAGAGGGCAUACUGCUUGCAUUAUAUCAGGCACGUGGAAACGGUUAUCAGGAGGUCCAAAUAGGCCACAUCAAUUUCUGUCUAACUUUUCAUUUAAAGGAGCCAAAAUACAAACCCAGAGGUUGAAGAAUCCUGAUUGUUUACUUCCUUAAAAAAAAAUUGGCAGGGUUUGGUAAUCCCGAAAGAGGUGCUGAAAGAAUCAAAUCAUGAAAUGCUCAGCCACUUUCCCAAAUCCUUUUUAUUCAAAUUUUUUUCGUGUUGGAAAAAAAUAUGUCUGAAUAAAGUUGUUCAAACUUAAA